UGCCGGAGCGCGGCGGCGGGCAUGUGGCGGGCGGCGGCUGGCGGCCGGUUGCUGCGGCCUGUGUCCGCCGCGGUGAGGGCCGCCUCACGGCCGGAGCCGCUUCCGCGGGAGGCCGGGGCUCCCCGCGGGGGCUGCGCGGCGGCGCGGGGCGUGGGAGGCCUCAGAGCCGGGGCGCUGGGGGCGGUGGAGCGGCGCCAGGCGGCAGGUACUGUUCUUCCAAAGUUCAACAUCGACUUUGUUGUAUCUCUGCUCAGGCAAGAAAAUGCUAAAGACAUCUGUGUGAUCCAGAUACCUCCAGAAAUAAAAUACUGUGAUUAUUUUAUAAUUGUGAGUGGAUCUUCAACACGACAUCUCCAUGCGAUGGCACAUUACAUGCUGAAAAUGUACAAGCAUUACAAAGAAGAAAGUGAUCCUCAUACUCGGAUUGAAGGGAAAGAGACAGAUGACUGGCUGUGCAUUGAUUUUGGUAGCAUAGUGAUGCAUCUCAUGCUGCCAGAGACACGAGAGGUUUAUGAACUGGAGAAGCUAUGGACUCUUGGUUCCUACGAUGACCAGUUAGCACAGAUGACUCCACAGUCAUUGCCAGAAGACUUUAUAUUUGGACUGACUCCUAACAACACUGAUCAUCUUGAGACAAGAAUGUAAUGCAGCUGCUGAGUUGGAAAGAGAGAGGAGUGUGCCUUCAUGGAUCUGAGACACACACACACCAUGAUUACUGACUUAAUACUAGUCAUUACAACUGAUCAGUACAAAACAGUGUAGUUGUUGGAUGUGCCUAGGUGAAGUUCUGAACGAGCUACAAAAAUUAUCAGAAUCAUAGAAUCAGUAAGGUUGAAAAAGACCCUUAAGAUCAAAUCCAACCCUAAAAUGUCAAAGAAGGAAUCCUAUCAUAAGGGAGCUUCUGGGGGGAGUUACUGUCUCGGUGGAGUUUGCGGUGAAAAGAAUGAAGCAAAGACAACUGCUUAAGCUACUUACACUGAAACUCAUGCUCAGCCUCUACAGUAAUUGUUUUUCUAGUAUCUUUGAAUGACCUGCUGAUAGUGACAGUGCCAAAGAGACCCAAGUGCUACUAUUUCACCCAGGUGAAAUAGUACAGUUUAAAUGAGGCUUCUUGUAUUAAACCAUUUGCUUCUGGUCAAGAUGAAGCAAGUCAUGCUCUGGGUUGAAAGAGAAAACAGACUAGUGUUCCUGAGCAUGUAAAAGUGAAGAGCAGCAGUGACAAAUAAAUGUGUCUAACAGAACAGUAAGUCAUUUUUUUUUCAGCCAAGGCCAGGCUGUUUUUAAUAAUAAUAAAAAAAACCUGGAGAGCUUCAGUUCCUUGUCGUCACGUUAAAACAUUCAACUCAUUCUGAGUGUGCAGUUGGCACCUCUCCUAGUUUUCCGCUCACCUAGUUUCUGGAAAAAUGACACCGAGGCAAAAUGCUAGGGUAGUAUAAACCUUCAGCUCCUCUGAAGUGGGUGAAAGUAGUUCUAAAGGUGAAAGUCCUUAGGCACUGAGCAUAGCUUGCUGCUAAUGUACUGUUCAGCACUUCCAGAAGUCAUUGUGCAGCGUGUUCUUAAUCUGACUGCUGCAUAGUCUAUUACAGUUAGAAGAGCUUCAAGAUGGCAACAAAACUUGUCUGUGUAAAACAAGAUGCUUUUCUCCACUCCAGGACAGGACUUUCAGCACUAGAUUAGGAUGUCUUCCUUCUGGAGGAGCUUGCUCUGCCAGGCGUCAAGAAACAGGAACAGCAGAUCCUGAGGGUGAUCACCGUUUUCCUCCAUAGCCACACAAACUAUUUCAAAAUGCUUAAAGAAAGUGACUUUGUUUUUUGUGCCUGGGGUUGAGUUGUUUAAUGGGAGGGGGGUGGUUUGAUUUUUUUUAAAAAGCAAAACCAAAAAACCUUCUCUGUUUCAGACUGAUCAUGUUUUCUUGCUGUGUCUAGCCUCUUUCAGGAAUAACUGCCCCUGAGUGCACCUACUUGUUGAUACGAGGAAGCAGACUGCAGAUUAAGCAAGGAGAAUUUAUUAAAUGUAAACUAUGCAGAUAAAGCGUAUUUGCCCACAAAAUAAAGAUAUUGAUGGUAA